AUGACGAGCGACGACCAGCAGUUCCUCGACCUGCUCGCCUCCGUCCCGCAAGACAUCGCCCACUAUGGCAGCCGCGUGGCCGACUAUGUCGACAAGCACGCCAACGCCAUCGCCAACGACAUCCGCGACGCCAUCGACCGAGCAAGUUGGAUUCCGGACUCGCUACGCCCGCCCCGCCCGUCCGGCACAUCAGGCGCAUUCUUCGUCAAGCCACCGCCGCCACCACAGGGAAUCUUGCAGAAGACGGGCGCAUGGGUGUCGAAGAACCGCACCGCCAUCGCCGUGGUAUUAGCGUUCGCCGGCACGACGAUAUACCUUGUCCAUCGCCGCCGACGGUCCCACGCGCGCAAGAGACGGGCCAAGAAACUGCCCAACGGGGCGAAGAAGGAGAUCGUCGUGCUGGCGUGCUCGACGUUCCACGACGCCCUGACGCGCUCGUUGGCCGUCGACCUCGAACGCAGAGGCUACGUCGUGUACGUGACGGUGUCGUCCACGGAGGAGGACUCGCUCGUCCAGCAGGAGGCCAAGCAGGACCUGCGGCCCCUGUGGAUCGAUCUGACGUCCACGGUGCCCAACCCGGCGGUCGACGUGCACCCGAACCUCGAAGCCAUCCGCGACCACAUUACCCGAAACAUGACGCUCGCCGGCCUGGUCGUCUUCCCCGGCUGCUCGGGCUACAGCGAGGGCCCGCUCGCGCUGCUGCCGCCCUCCGAUAUCGUCGACACGAUCAAUACGCGGCUCGUCGCCCCCGUGCUCACAGUCCAGCAAUUCCUGCCCCUUCUCGCGAACCAUAGCACCGACCCAAAAGCGCCGGCCUCGAUCGUCAUUGCGUACCCGUCCAUCCCGAACAGUCUGGCCCCGCCGCGCCAGGUGCCCGAAUGUCUAGUGACAUCGAGCCUCUCGGCGCUGGCGCACUCGCUGAGGCGCGAAAUCUCCGCCGCGAGCGCCAACAUCACGGUCAGCGAGCUGAAGCUCGGGAAUUUCGACAUGGGCUCCGUCUCGACGUCCCCCUGGGCGCGGGGGACCACGCCGACUCAAUCGACCUUGGGGGCGUCGGGCUCUUCUUCGUCGGCGUUGACACACAGCAGCACCCACAGCCACAGCCAGUCGCACUGGCAUAGUUCGCAGCGCGCGGCCCACCAGCGCAAAUCACUCGGCCAAAGGAGCAGCCUCAUCCGCGGCUCGUCGGCCCGCGAGUUCCACAACGCCGUGUUUGACGCGCUCGCGCCGCCGCAGACCUUCCGCCCGUUUGGGUACGCGAGCCUGGAGUUCGCGAGUAGCAGGCGCGCGGAGGUCGUGUUCGUGGGCAGUGGUGCCAGGAUGUAUGACCUGGUGGGUAAAAUCUUCCCAAGCGGACUGGUCGGGUUGAUGAUGGGCUGGAACCGACGGCGGACCGCACCGCCCGAGGAGUCCUAUCAGUCUGUAUACCAGGACGACGCACGACGGGUCAGUGCAAGUACGAGUGCAAGUGGAAAUGGGAGUGCUGCUGGCACUGCUGCUGCGUCGGGUUCCGGUACUGGUGGACAGUCAACCUCGGCGUCCGCAUGGGGAUUUCACUCCUUGGGAAGCGACAGUGGGAUUUGGGAGAAGGUCUAA